AUGCCUCUGUCCUCGCCUUUCCCCAACUUGGAUAUCCCCAAAUGCAACAUCGUGGACUAUCUGUUUCCGCCUGGAAAAGUUCCAUCUGACACGCCAAUUUGGAUUGAUUCGAAAAACACACAACAGUACCUCACUCCACGUGCAUUGCUACAAUGGUCCAAGCGAUUGGCGGCAGGCCUCGAAACCGUGAGCCAGCCUGGAGAAGUUAUUCUUAUAUUUUCCCCCAACAAUGUCUUCAUUCCCGUUGCAUAUCUUGGAAUUGUGGGAUCCAAGCGCAUCUUCUCUGGCGCGAACCCAGUCUACACUCACGAGGAAAUGGUACAUCAGAUCACCAACACCAAAGCUCAGGUAAUUCUCGCGCAUCCCAGCCUAGUCAAAGUAGCGGUAAAGGCUGGAAAGGCCGCAUGUCUUCCAGAAGGCCGUAUCUUUCUUUUCUCGGAUGAGCCAUGUGCGCCGGCUGAAGGUUGCCGAGACUGGAGAGAUGCGCUGGCGCCAGAAGCAAAUACGUACAAUUUCCCCAAACUAUCAGAACAUGAAUCAACUACCACCACUGCCACAUUGAACUAUUCUUCUGGCACCACCGGGCUUCCCAAGGGCGUCGAGGUCAGUCACCACAAUUUAAUCGCAAAUUGGGAGCAAACCAUCUUCAUCCGAUAUCACAACAAACCCUGGAAGGCUCACACACGACCUGUUGAGAAAUGGGUUGGAUUUCUCCCUCAAUACCAUGCGUAUGGCCAGCUCUACAUUGGCAUGGCUCAAAAGCUUCAGGUACCAUGUUACACUAUGAAGAAAUUCGAGUACCCUGAUUUCCUCCGGGUCAUCCAAACUCACAGGAUAACGCACCUCCAAGUGGCCCCUCCGAUCAUGGUCAUGUUGAGCAAGAGACCGGAGACUGCGAAUUAUGAUCUCAGCAGUCUCACAGAUAUCUUGUGCGGCGGAGCACCGCUGUCCAAGGAACUUCAAAAUGACAUUACUAAAAAGCUAGGAUGUGAAAUCACCCAAGGCUGGGGAAUGUCAGAAGUAACCUGCGGACUGAUUAUGGUCACAGGCGGCACAAAGGAUGAUUCUGGAAGUAUAGGCGAAAUCAUGCCAAACUGCCAAAGCAAGCUUCUGGACGACGAGGGCAACGAGGUAUCCGAUGGCGAGCCCGGCGAGCUUUACGUGCGUGGUCCAAACGUGUUUUUGCGAUACUGGCAGAAUCCCGAAGCCACAAGAGAAGCACUAUCCCCUGAUGGAUGGCUAAGAACCGGCGACGUUGCCAUUGUAAGAAACGGACGGUUCUGGAUUGUGGACCGCAAAAAGGAACUUAUCAAAGUCAACGCACUGCAAGUUGCGCCGGCAGAACUCGAAGCUGCAUUACUCCAAUUCGAUCCCAUUGCCGAUGCAGCUGCUGUCGGCAUCACGAUUGACGACCAGGAAUGGCCUCGAGCGUAUGUCGCGCUCAAGGACGAGUACAAGGGCAGGAUCACUGUCGAAGACAUUCACAAGCACAUGAAUGCCAAAGUAGCUAAGCAUAAGCAACUUGUGGGCGGCAUUGUAUUUGUAGAUGAGGUUCCCAAGUUGCCCUCGGGCAAGAUUGUGCGGAAGGUUGUCAAGCAGUGGGCUAAGAGGGACGCGGAGAACAUGAAGAGGGCUCGACUCUAG